AUGCAAACUUUCUCCUCUUCGCCCACUCCAUCAACGUCGAGUUCGAUCUCGUUGACGUCAAGCAGUCCUGAAUCGCCGACCGAUCUCUUCCCCGUUAAGAUACAAUCCUCAUGUGCCACGUCACCAAACGGUGAGAUAGAGUUGUCGUGUCGGGUUUGCGGCGCCGUGCCCGCCAUUCACGUCUAUGGAUCGUAUUGCUGCGGUGGCUGCAAAAUCUUUUUCCUUCGGUGCGCGGUUGGUGGAAAACCGCUGCUCUGCACAAAAGGUGGCCAGUGCACAUUGCCACUUGCCCUGAAAAAGUGUCGAGCUUGUCGCUACCAGAAAUGCAUUCGGGUUGGACUCUUGCCUAACAUUCCCGGUCAACGAGCUCAAAAACGUCGCUUAAUGACCGAAGAGGAACGAGGAGAAUUGGUGGGGAAAGUCGAACCAAAACAGAUCCCGUCCCCAAUCGAGUUCAUCCCAUCACCGCAAUGUCUUUUCCGCGUUGAGCCUAACUACAAGGCAACAGCGAUCACCCUUGUUGAAUUGGAAAGAACCUGUGGCUCAAACGCCGACGAGCAGAUGAUGGAUUGGAAUCUCCCGCUGAAAGAGGCACAGACAGCUUCCUCAUUCAUGCCAAAAUGCUGUGCCCGAGCCGUUGCCCAUCUCGUCGAUUGGCUCAAAGCGACUCCAGAAGUUUGGGCGCUCGAGGAUCGAGAUCGGGUUUAUUUCUGCUCUCGUCUCUUCACAAUGCUUUUCCCGCUUCAACUUUUCUUCUACACGUACAAAUUGGAGCGUGACGGCCUCCUUUCUGGCCUCUCCGAUAUGGACAUUUCGACACUUUUUCCAGAAUUUGCCGAAGUUCUCUCGCAAGGAGCAUUGUGUAUGCAGAAAACUGUGCUCAAAGUGUUCAAAGAUUUGCGGCUGAGUGAUGAGGAGUAUGUGGUGCUCAAGAAUAUCAUCAUCUUCAGUAAUGCGCUCGGCCUCUCGGAGAAAAGCGCUGACAUUGUGCGAAAAGCGCGCACCAAAUAUGAAGCAAUUCUUGUUCAGAUCGUGCGCGAUCGUUUCCGCGAAGAAGUACCAACGCUGAGGGCGAUCGGGGAGUUGAUGAAUUUGCGACAAGCACUUUGUAGCGGUAUGCUGAAAGAGUUGCCGUACUUGACCCGGUACACGUCGAUGAACACAAUAGUGGGCGCGUCACGCGGUCAGAUAUCCGCAGAAAUCUUUCUUAACUCAUUCUCCAUCCAA